UCAAUUCUGUAGACGGAUAUGUUUAUGUUAGGGAGGACCCUGAAGAAACUGAGGAGCAUAAAGAAACCGAGAAAGAAGAUGAAGAUCCUGAAGUUGCCUAUUUUUAUGUUAUUAUUGACGAUGAGUCUGUAUAUUUACAUAAGCUCGAAAUUACGAAAGAUGACAAUAUCGAUGGUUGGAAUUGGAAUUUAUUUUUUUGUUUUUGGAAAGACAAGAAGGAGGAACGGAUUAAAAAACAAAUCAGGGAAGGAAUAAAAAGAUUUAUAAAUGGUAAAGAUGUCAAGAAAACUGAAGAAUUCAUGAAUCAUUAUCAUUAUUGUGAAGAAGUCAAACAAAAGGAAAAUGAGUCUGUAAAUUCUGAUGAAGAUAUAAUUGACAAAUCAAUAACUUGGAAAAUCAAAG